AUGGGUCAUGUCGAUGCUGGAAAAACGAAUUUUCUUGGUUGUAUUAGUGGUACACAUGGUGAGGCAGGUAUUGGAGCAACCUAUUUACCUGCUGAGAAUAUACGUGAGAGAACAAAGGCUGAUGCAAAGCUUAACGUCCCGGGUUUUUUAGUGAUUGAUAUCUCUGGACACGAUUCUUUCACCAAUACCAGGGGACCAGUUGUUACCUCAAUUAGAGCACUGCUAACACCCCACCCCAUGAGGGAACUCGAAGAGAAACUUAGAACAUAUGUGCCUUGCAAAGAAAUCAAGGCUGCCCAGUGUAUCAAGAUUGCUGCACAGGGACUUGAACAUGCUAUUGCAGGAGCUAGUCUAUAUGUUGUGAGGCCUAAUGAUGAUAUAGAGGUUAUCAAAAAAUCUGCUAUGGAGUAUGUAGAUUCAGUGAUGAGUAGGAUUGACAAAAGUGGUGAAUGGGUUUAUGUUCAGGCAUCUACAAUCUGGUCUGUAGAAGCACUGCUCGACUUUUUGAAGACUCCAAAAGUUAACAUACCUGUGAGUCGUAUCAGUAUUGGUGCAGUACAGAAGAUGGAUGUGAUGAAGGUGAGUGCCAGGAAGAAGGAAUAUGCAACGAUCCUGGCUUAUGAUGUUGAAAUAACACCAGAACUUGCUCAGCAAUUUGGUGUCAAAAUUUUCACUUCCAACAUUAUAGAGCACCUUUUCGAUCAAUUCAAGGCUCACAUGGAUAAUUUUAAGGCGGAACGAAAGAGACAAGCUCCACAGGCAGCAGUUUUCCCCUGUGUCCUCAAGAUCAUGCCCAACCGUACUUUCAAUACGAAAGAUCCCAUCGUCUUGAGUGUUCAUGUCGUCGAAGGCAUUGCAAGGAUUGGAACACCUAUAUGUGUCCCGGGAAAAGAGUUUGUGGAAAUUGGUUCGAUAGUAUAUAUUCAAGAUGAUGAUCACAGGGUUGUUGAUUAUGCUAAGAAAGGUGAAAGGGUGACCAUUAAUAUACUCGGUCGGUUCGUCCACAAAAUGUUGUUCACUUUCAGCCUUUCCAUUUUAGAACAAACAAACCAUAAUCAGCGCCGCCAUUCCCCUCCACAAACCCUAGCCGACUCGCGAUCCCUCUCCACGGUUUCCACCUCCGCCCACAAUUCCGAUACGGUUUAGAGGAGCCCUUUUUGG